UCUAGUAAAGAUAACCUAGACUGGUUUAGAGUUAAACUGCUGGCAUUUAUCACCGAUUUCUAAACGCUAGAAUACAUCAGAAAAAUGGUUUAUCGAAAGAACACCACGCCAUACUUAAGUAAUUAAUCAAAAUAGAUAAUCUUAUUAUCCUUAAAGCUGACAAAGGCGUUGUCAUUAUGAUUAAAUCAGAUUAUCAAAAUAAAAUUAAUGAAAUCCUCAAAGAUCACUCCAAAUUUCUGGUGGAUAAUACUGCUGAUAAUGUACUGCUUGUGGAAAUGCAGAUUAAUUGUUAUCUUCAAAUCUUACUGAAGCAUGAUUUUAUAAAUGAAAAACUUUAUCAACAACUUAAAGCUAUCGGAUCACAUGCUCCUUGGAUGUAUGGCCUAUCAAAGAUUCACAUACCUGGGAACUCACUGAGACCCAUCUUAGAUUUGUCAAAUUUUCCAUAUCAUAAAGCCGCGAAAUGGAUUACGGAGGUCCUUACGCUAGUAGGAGGCUCCUUAUCAAAUCAUUCCGUAAAACGUUCAUUUUAUCUGACCAAUAUGCUAGACACUUUGAACAAUAAGGAAAAGGUUAUAUGCUCAAUCGACAUAGAAUCUUUAUUUACCAAUGUUGCACUUCAUGAAACUGUUGAUUUCAUUUGCGAUUACAUAACAAGCAAUGGGAUACAAUUACCUAUUCCUGUCACACUAGAGACAUUAUCUUAACAUGCACGGGAAACAUCAGAUUCACUUUUCAAGGAGAAGCAUUCAGAAAAGUCGGUGGUGUUGCAAUGGGGAGUCCUCUUGAAC